AGUGAGAGAGAGAGAAAGAGGGAGAGAGAGGGAUAGAGUAGUAGGACAGAGGAAAAGAGAGAAGAGGAGCACUCAGAGAGGGAAGGAGGGAAGCGGGACACUCUGCGUCUGACGGACUUUCUCGAAUAAGGAUGAGUAGCCCGUGCCUUUGCCGCCCUGUACCGGUCAGCCAGAGUCGGCUGCGGGAGGUCAAGCUCAGCCUGAAGACCAGCAGAGAGGCCAGCACUAUUCGGUCCAAUGUGGUACGGGAGAUCAGCAGCCGGACAUAUUCUACUGGAAAAGAGGUGCCGAUUCGGGUCAGUAGCAACCCCAGCCGGAGCAGGAGCACCCCUCCCGUUUACCGGGCCCAGCGUCCUGACGGCAAGAAAGGACCCAAGACCAAUGGGCACAAACCCGAGCAUCUGCCUGAAAGGAAUGGCACGUUGCUGGAUGUCCCAUCACCCGCAGCCCCCCUGACCCUGUCUGCCUUCUCUUCUUCCUCCUCAUCGUCCUCCUACACCCCGAGUCUGACCCGGCUCUCUCCUUCGCACCUGCCUCCUUCAUCUUCAUCAUCGUUUUCCUCCCAGGGCAUGAGGCGUGCUCGCUGGCUGAGCUACAGCACCUCCAACAUCUGCUUCAACUCCAUCUUGGAUGGGAGGUUUAGGCAACUUCAAGAUGAGCGAGAGGCUGUGCAAAAGAAGACCUUCACAAAAUGGGUGAACUCCAUCCUGGCCAGAGUCAGCUGCCGGAUUUCAGACCUCUAUCUAGACCUGAGGGAUGGGAGGAUGCUCAUCAAACUGCUGGAGGUUCUGUCAGGGGAAAGGCUGCCCAGGCCCACCAAGGGCCGAAUGAGGAUCCACUGUCUGGAGAACGUAGACAAGGCAUUGCAGUUUCUAAAGGAGCAAAGGGUGCACUUGGAGAAUAUGGGAUCACAUGACAUUGUCGAUGGCAACCACCGCCUGAUCCUGGGCCUCAUCUGGACCAUCAUUCUUCGCUUCCAGAUUCAAGACAUUGUGGUGGAAACAGGACAAGCUGACCAGACAGGAAAGCAGGAGACACGCUCAGCCAAAGAUGCACUGCUCCUUUGGUGUCAAAUGAAGACUGCUGGGUACCCGAAUGUAAACAUCACCAACUUUACCACAAGUUGGAAGGACGGCUUGGCUUUCAAUGCCCUUAUACACAAACACAGGCCAGAUCUGGUGGACUAUGGCAACCUGCAGAGAUCCAACCCAACCCACAAUCUACAGCAAGCUUUCAACGUGGCUGAGCGACAGCUUGGAGUUACCAAGCUCCUAGACCCAGAAGAUGUGUUUACCGAGAACCCAGAUGAGAAGUCCAUCAUCACGUAUGUUGUUGCGUUCUACCACUACUUCUCCAAAAUGAAAGCUCUGGCAGUUGAAGGCAAACGAGUUGGGAAGGUGCUGGACCAUGCCAUUGAGACAGAGAAGAUGAUUGAUAAGUAUGAGACACUUUCUUCAGACCUGUUAACAUGGAUCGAACAGACCAUCGUUAUCCUGAACAAUCGCAAACUCGCCAACUCUCUCUCUGGCGUCCAGCAACAGCUGCAGGCCUUCAACUCCUAUCGUACAGUGGAGAAGCCUCCCAAAUUUCAAGAGAAGGGCAACCUUGAAGUGCUGCUCUUCACCAUCCAGAGCAGAAUGAGGGCCAACAAUCAGAGAGUUUAUACCCCUAAAGAAGGUGCACUGGUGUCAGACAUCAACAGGGCAUGGGAGAGACUUGAGCGGGCUGAACAUGAAAGAGAGCGUGUACUGAGAGAUGAGCUCAUCAGACAAGAAAAGCUGGAGCAAAUGGCCCGCCGCUUCGACAGGAAGGCUGCCAUGAGAGAAACCUGGCUGAUAGAGAACCAGAGACUGGUAUCACAGGACAAUUUUGGGUAUGAUCUUCCAGCAGUAGAGGCAGCAAAGAAGAAGCAUGAUGCCAUAGAGACAGACAUUGCUGCAUAUGAAGAACGUGUGCAAGCCUUGGUAGCCUUGUCUAAAGAGCUGGAAACAGAGAAGUACCACGAUGCUAAACGCAUUGAUGCAAGAAAAGAUAACAUUCUGAGGUUAUGGGACUACCUCCAGGAGCUUUUAAGUGCUCGCAGGGGCCGUCUGGAGAAAAAUCUCACCCUGCAGAGGAUCUUCCAGGAGAUGCUUUACAUCAUAAAUUGGAUGGACGAGAUGAAGGGUCGUCUCUUGUCUCCUGACUUUGGGAAGCACUUGCUGGAGGUGGAGGACCUUCUACAGAAGCAUGCUUUGGUGGAGGCAGACAUUGCUGUGCAGGCAGAGAGAGUGCGCUCUGCAAAUGCAGCUGCUCUCAAGUUUGCCAAUGGAGACACCUACAAACCUUGUGACCCACAAGUGAUUCGAGAUCGGGUACAGCACUUGGACCUUUGCUAUCAGGAAUUGUGUGCGCUCGCUGCCCAGCGCAAGGCCCGCUUAGAGCAGUCUCGUCGUCUCUGGAACUUCUUCUGGGAGACUGCAGAGCUGGAAAGCUGGAUCCGGGAAAAGGAGCACAUCUUUUCUUCUCUCGACUACGGCAAGGACCUGACCAGUGUGCUGGUUCUGCAGAGUAAACACAGUGCCUUUGAAGAUGAGCUGGGGGCCCGGCGUGAACACCUGAAGCAGGUGAUGGGUGAGGGUGAGAGUAUGGUGAAGGCCAAACACUUUGGUGCUCCCAAGGUGCAGCAGCGCAUGGAUGACGUACAGAGACAGUGGCAGCAGCUGGAGGAACUGGCUGCUUUCCGCAAGCAGAACCUCCAAGACACCCAGCGUUUCUUCCAGUUCCAGGGUGAUGCUGAUGACCUUAAGGCCUGGUUGUUGGAUGCUAUGCGGCAGAUGAACAGCGAAGACGUUGGGCAUGAUGAGUACACCACACAGAGACUACUAAAGAGGCAUUAUGCCCUGAGAGAUGAAGCAGCUAAGAAUGGGGCCACCAUUGACGCUCUGAACAAACAGGCCAAUUCACUGCCUGAGGAGCUGAAGAAUACACCAGACAUCCAAAGGCGUCUGAAGGACAUCAAAGAUCUGUACAUGGAGCUGCUCUCUCUCUCAGAUCUACGGCAGAAGAAGUUGGAUGACACUAUGGCAUUGUACACCAUUUUCAGUGAGACAGAUGCUUGCGAGCUCUGGAUGGGUCAGAAAGAGACAUGGCUUGUGGGACUAGAAACACCCGAGAAAUUAGAAGAUCUAGAGGUGGUUCAGAACAGGUUAAGCAUCCUCGCUCAAGAAAUGGGCAACAUGCAGACAAGGGUAGACAAUGUCAACAAAGCAGCCAAGCAACUAGAGGACAGCAGACACCCACGAACAAAGGAGGUGAAAGAUUGUCAAGCUCGUCUCAAUAAGAGGUGGGAGGCCUUUAAGGCAAUGGUGGAAGAUAAAAAGCAUAAGGUAGAUUCAGCGCUCAGUCUCCACAACUAUGGGCUUGAAUGCGAUGAGACAGGGGCAUGGAUCAAGGACAAAACACGAGUCAUCGAGUCCACACAAGACCUUGGGAAUGACCUGGCUGCAGUAAUAACCAUCCAAAGGAAGCUCUUUGGAAUAGAGAGAGACCUGGCUGCUAUUCAGGAUAAGCUGGACUUCCUGGAUGGUGAGGCCCAAAAGCUUGCAAAGGAUCAUCCAGAGCAUGCCGCUGACAUCCGGGCCCGACAAGCAGAGCUAGACACAGCUUGGAAUACUUUGAAGCACACGCUAAAGGACCGAGAGGACUCUCUGGGUGAAGUCAGCAAGCUCCAAACCUUCCUGCAGGAUAUGGAUGAUUUCCAAGCCUGGCUUUUCAAGACUCAGAAGGCUAUUGCAUCUGAGGAGAUGCCUACAAGUCUCUCAGAGGCAGAGGAGCUCCUGAGCCUCCAUGAUGCAGUGAAGGGAGACAUGGAUGGCCAUGAAGAGGACUACCACCGCGUAAGAGACACUGGAGCAGCUGUAACUCAAGGCCAAGAAGACGAUCCUCAGUACCAGCAACUGGAGCAGAGGCUAAAGGGCCUGGACAAGGGCUGGGAUGAGCUACACAAAAUAUGGGACAGCCGGAAAAACUUUCUGGACCAGGGUCUAGGCUUCCAGCAAUUCUUGAGAGAUGCAAAGCAAGCUGAAACCAUCUUGAACAACCAGGAGUACACUCUAGCCCACUUGGACCAGCCUGACACCCUGGAUGGGGCAGAAAAGGCCUUGAAGAAGCAUGAGGACUUUGUCACCACCAUGGAUGCUAACAAGGACAAGAUAGCGACUACACUAGAAGGAGGUCAGAGGCUAGUGAACAGUGGAAACCUUUACUCAGCAAAGGUGCAGGACAAGAUGAACUCCAUCCAAGACAGACAUGAGAAGAACCAAGACAAAGCAAAGGAAGUCUCUGGGAAACUCAAAGACAACAGAGACCUGCAGCACUUUCUUCAGAACACUCAAGAUCUUACUCUCUGGAUAAAUGAAAAGAUGCUGACUGCUCAGGACACCUCCUAUGAUGAGGCUCGCAAUCUCCACAGCAAAUGGCAGAAACACCAGGCCUUCAUGGCUGAGCUGGCAUCCAACAAGGACUGGCUCAACAACAUUGAUCAGGAGGGUGAAGAGUUGAUGGCAUCCAAGCCGGAAUUUGAGCCCAUUGUGAGGGAACGUCUGGCUAAACUUCAUGAGUUGUGGGACAAGCUGGAACAGACCACAGAGGAGAAGGCCCGACUCCUGUUUGAUGCUAACCGCUCUGAGCUGUUCGAUCAGAGCUUGGCUGACUUGAAGAAGUGUCUUGGUAAUCUGCAGCAGCAGCUCCAGGGCGAUGUGGAUGAAGAGGUUAAAGAUCUCACCAGUGCUAAUAUCCUGCUUAAAAAGCACCAGUUGACCGAGAAUCAGGUUAGAGAUCGGGCACGGGAACUUGAGGAGCUGCAGGAGGCUGUGCAACAGCAUGCCCCCUUAAGAGAAGACCAGCCUGAGCUGGAGGUCGAGCUACAGGCCCUUCAGGGUGACUUUCAGCAGAUUCUUACACCUCUGGCCCAACGUAAAGGCAAACUGGAGGCAGCCAAAGCCGUGCAUCAGUUCUACAGAGACCUGGCAGAUGAAAUACUCUGGGUUGAGGAGAGACUGCCCAUGGCCAUGUCACAAGAACAUGGAAACAAUCUUCAAACAGUCCAGCUUCUCCUGAAGAAAAAUCAGACUCUCCAGAAGGAGAUUGAAGGUCACCAGCCACGUGUUGAUGAGGUGCUGGAGCGCGGUCGGCGUAUGAUGGCAGCUGCAGCAGGAAGUCCAGAAGCAGAGCACAUGUCUGAGGAAAUUAAGAAGUUGGAGGAGGUGUGGGCACGACUGCAGGAUGAAAUGGAAAAGCGUCGGGCUCGGCUCAAUGGCUCCAACAAAGCCCAGCAGUACUACAACGAUGCAGAUGAAGCUGAAGCCUGGAUCGGCGAGCAGGAACUCUACAUGAUUGCUGAUGAGAAAGCAAAGGAUGAGCAGAGUGCUAUGGUCCUGCUGAAGCGGCACUUGAUUCUGAAGCAAACUGUGGAUGACUAUGCAGACUCCGUCCAGCAGCUGGCUGAUCGUGCUCAGAAGAUGUUGGCUGAGGAGCAUCCAGAAGGGGAGGCCAUCAUCAGGAGACAGGGUCAGGUGGAUAAACAGUACGCAGGGCUGAAGGAGCUGGCUGAAGACCGAAGGAAGAAACUCGACCACACCUACCAUCACUUCCUGCUAAGCCGGGAAGUGGAGGAUCUGGAGCAAUGGAUUGCUGAGCGUGAUGUGGUGGCUUCAUCACAGGAGAUGGGCCAGGACCUUGACCAUGUCACGAUCCUGCGGGAUAAGUUCAGGGAGUUUGCAAGGGAGACAGGAACUGUGGGACAAGAGCGGGUGGAUGCUGUGAAUCAGAUCAUUGAUGAGCUGAUAGAGGCUGGCCACAGUGAGUCAGUUACCUUGGCUGAAUGGAAGGAUGGAGUGAACGAGAGCUGGGCGGAUCUCUUGGAGCUCAUCGACACCCGAAACCAGCUCCUCACUGCUUCUUAUGACCUUCUUAAGUACUUCUAUGAUGGGAAGGAGCUGGUGGUUCAGAUCAAUGAGAAACAGAAUGAGCUUCCUGAAGAUCUGGGAGAGGAUUUCAGUAAAGCAGAGUCUUUCCAUCGCAUGCAUGCUGCCUUUGAAAGAGACAUCAGCACUCUGGGCAAACAGGUACACCAGUGCCAGGAGACAGCAGCUCGUCUGUUUGCCCAGUAUGCUGGGGACCAGGCUGUUGCCAUCCAGACAACAGAGAAGGAGGUGGUAGAUGCCUGGAAGGGUCUACUUGCUGCCUGCGCAGGAAGGCGGAAACAGCUAGAGGAGACAGCCAGCAAGUUCCGCUUCUUCACCAUGGUUAAGGACCUAAUGGCAUGGAUGGAAAGCAUCAUCCAGCAGAUAGAAACCCUAGAGAAACCAAGAGAUGUGUCAUCAGUGGAGUUACUAAUGAAGUAUCACCAAGGGAUCCGUGCAGAGAUUGUGACUCGAGAGCCAAAGUUCAAUGAUUGUGAGGUGCUAGGUCGGACCCUCCUGGCACGGAAACACAAAGACUCAGAUGAGAUCAAAGAGAAGCUGAUUCAGCUGAAAGAGAAGAAGGAAGAAAUGUUAUGGAAGUGGGACAGCACAUGGGACUGCCUUAGCCUGAUGUUGGAGGUGUGCCAGUUUGCUCGGGAUGCAUCUGUGGCAGAGGCCUGGCUGGUAGCUCAGGAGCCAUAUGUGGCCAGCAGGGACCUCGGCAAGACCGUAGAUGAGGUGGAGAAGCUCCUCAAGAGGCACGAGGCCUUUGAGAAGUCCACUGCAGCCUGGGAGGAGCGCUUCUCUGCACUGGAGCGCCUGACAAGACUUGAGAUUAGAAAGUAUCGUGAAGAAAUGCAGCAGUACAGAGAUGAAGAGGAAAAGGACAGCAGGAAGGAAGACACAGGCUUUGCAGAGGAGUCUUCACAACUCUACACAGUAGAGGAACCGUCUCUGUCUGGCAUUGCAGCAGUGGAGCCCAGCUCAGGUCACGGUGAUGGCACCGCAGGAGAUUCGACAGUGCCCAUCAUUUCAGAAAUUCAGGAGAGUGGCUCCUUGGAACUGGACCCAAUCACAGACCCAUCCAUCCAGGUCACCAAGGAGACUGAGCGAGCUGCCACUCUCCCUGUGGAGCCUCCACGACCUCAGGCAACCCUGCUGGAGGGAACACUAGCACGUAAACAUGAGAUGGAGGGACCCAAUAAAAAGGCAUCUAACAGGUCCUGGAACAACAUCUACUGUGUGUUAAAACCUGGGCAGCUCUGGGCCUACAAGGAUGGCAAGAGCUACAGCCAUGGUGUCACAUUCCAUGGUGAAGACCCGCUGUCACUCAGCAAUGCCACAUGUGAGGUGCUGACCAGUUACAAAAAGAAGAAACAGGUGUUUAAAUUAUGGCUUGGAGACGGCAGUGAGUACCUGUUCCAGUGUAAAGAUGAGGAUGAGCUGCAGACAUGGACUCAGGCCAUAGAGAAGGCAGCACAGCCUGAUACAGAGGAACCAGUGGCAGGACCCUCACAGCCUCGAGCCCGGAGCCUACCCCCACCGUCCUCCUCCACCAUGCCAGAAGCCCCCUCUGCCAAGAAGGACAAGGAGAAGAGGUUCAGUUUAUUCACCAAGAAGAAGUGAGGGGAGCCCCAACACUCCAGGACCUCAAAAAGAACAAAACACGUAGGACACAGUGGGCAGGUGGAGAAAAGAAGAGUUUUUUAAACAUUAUAUUCAUUUGUAUGAUUGAAAAUGUCACUCCUGCCUGUAUGUAAGCCAGUGAACUGUUGUGAAGGUCCAUGUUUUCUUUACUUUUACUCUUUUCCCCUAAAAUAGAUACCAGAUUCACAUUGUAUCCAAAUAAAAGCACCAGAAUGCUGUUUUCACACUUCAACCAAAGAUUGUAAAUUUUUUUCUCUUUUGUUUUCAUUACUUGAUCUUCUUCUGAGCAUGCUUUCUUUAUAUUAUGUAGUAUAUUUUAAUCACAUAAUAAGCAUUUUUUUGUCAAUCUGCCUUACUCUUCCAGAUAAUGGUUGCGAAAUGUGAUACUGUGCUCUUUUGUGUUGGAACUUGUAGAAUUUACAUAGAAUUGGACAUUAGAGAGUUUGUUGUAAGCCAUACAGAGGUUUAGUUGUGAGGUUUGGUUUAUACACUGUACACUACUGUAUAGAAUCAGCACAAAUGCAGUAAGCACAGUGGUCAGUGUGCAUUAUUAUUUUUCAAGUAUUAACAGUGGCUUUAUUUUCCAUUAUGGUAAUAAUAAUGGAAUUAGGAUUGGUAUAAUAGAGUAAUAUGCUUGUAAGGCAGAGGAUGAAGGGGUACUAAAUAUUCUCUUAAACCUCCAGUAUGCCUAAACAUAUGUUUUUAAUGCAUGAACGGAUGUGUUUAUUUAAUAUGGUGCUACGUGAUUACAUACCAUGUUUUACCCUCUCAUACCUCUCAGGCUCUUUGGUUUGUGGAUCUCUAAUCUCGAUUGGCCAGUGCUGUUACUACAGCUGACAAAAGCGUAAACCGGUCUCGUUUUCAUCACAAACAUAUUAAUAUCACAUUAUGUAAAGUUAUGCAAAUGUAGUAUUUGGUCUGUGCCAUUCAGCCAAUGAAACACAGCAGUCCUCCCAUUGCAGUUACUCAGAAUGUACCUGGAAAGAAUGUGUAAAGUCAGUAUGAAUGUAAUACGAGAGGAAGCAAAGUCAAAGGAAAGGAAAGGAAAACAUAUCUUUAGUCAAAUCCAACAGGGAUACAGAAUUUUGUAUAGAAAAAAAUGUAAAAUUCUCAGACAGUUGAUCAUAAAUACUUGUAAAUCACAUCUAUAUUUAGUGCAUAACAAUUGUUAAGAAUAUGUAUAAUAUCUUGUGUCAUUAAUGAUAAGAUCUGAGCUGGCUGAAAUGCUUCUUCUUAUGUGUUUCAGUCAGCACCCCUCAGUGUACUAAACCUGCUUAACACUCACUCCGUACCGUGGGCUGCCCAGUCAGUACAUUUUAGGUCAGUUUUAACACGCUCUUGAUUCUUCUGUCUUCCUGGUAAACAGAAUGGGUUUCUAACAGGGUUGGUGUGAUUAUUAAAAGGUCUGUUAGAAACACUCUAGUAUUGGAACAUAUAUUGUGUGAUCCAUGUCUGUGUCACUCACUUCAGGGUUGAUCUAUCUUUUCCACUUUCUCUUCUCUCCUUUCAUAUUUGCAUACUCAGUGCAGAAACCUUUACAGUAAGGCCAAGUAUGAAGAGAGGAACUUUGCAGAAUCAAUAAACUCUUUGUUUGCAGUCGA